UACACUGAAAUUUGAUGAGAAUUAAUCUAAUUUGAGCCGAAAAACCAGAGAAAAUGAUAAUCUUCAAGAGAAUCUCGUUUUAUCAAAUCCUAACCCUAACAAACUUCCUCUCUUCUCCCAGACUUAGUCUUCACUAUCAUAUCUUCUGCAACAAACCCUAAUCUACAUUUGAACAUGAACAUACAGCCAAACAAAAACAACACCACCUAGCUAACAAUGGAGUUUCAAGAAGCUUUAGUAAGGCUACUCGUACAUAACCACAAACCCAAAUCGAAAAAAUCAUCAAAAGGGUCAUCAGUUCUUGAAAAAAAUCAUCGUCGUCAUCACCGCGAAGAAUCUAUUGAUCAUCAAAAGCAGCAGCAUCAGCACAGUAAUCAAUGGAAGAUUGUUUCUUCUAAAAAAUCUUCGUCGGAUAAACCCGAAUCAGAAACUAUCCCGAAAGAGUUUGUUUGUCCGAUUUCGGGUUCUUUAAUGAAUGAUCCUGUUAUUGUUUCGUCUGGUCAUACGUUUGAACGUUCUUGUGUUCAAGCGUGCAGUACUCUUGGUUUUAUACCUAUUUUAACCACGGAUGAUGAUCAUACUUCAGUUCCUGAUUUUUCGUCUGUUAUUCCCAAUUUGGCUCUCAAAUCCACCAUUGUCAACUGGUGUGAUAAACACUCUCUUGAUCCGCCGAAAUCUAUAGAUUUCUUCUCCGCAGAGAAGAUUGUCCGUGCGAAAAUGAAGCUUUCCCAACAACAACAUGUACUACAUCAUCCGCAACACAAAGAGACAAAUUCUAUACAUUUGAAUCAGAACUACUCGUCGAGCUCACUCGAAUCAAUCGAGUCUAUAGGCGUGUUACAGUCCACAACUCGGCCAAGUUGCUUCAUGUCCAAUUCGUUUUCUUCGUCGGACAUCGAUGUAAUCAUUACUCAAGAGGAAGAAGAACAAGACGAGAUCAUUAAAAAACUGAAGAGCCCACAAGUGUUCGAGAUUGAAGAAUCGCUUAUUUCGUUACGAACAAUUACAAGAACAAAAGAAGAAUCAAGAACUCAUCUCUGCACGCCGAGAUUACUACAAACUCUACGUCCUUUGAUCACUUCAAGGUACACAAACAUUCAAGUUAACUCGGUUGCAUUAUUGGUUAAUUUAUCAUUAGAAAAAUCAAAUAAAAUUAAGAUUGUAAGAUCAGGAAUUCUUCCAUUUUUAAUUGAUGUUUUAAAGGGAGGUUUUCCAGAUGCACAACAGCAUGCUAGUGGUGCAAUCUUUAGUUUAGCCAUUGAUGAUCAUAACAAAACUGCUAUUGGUGUAUUGGGUGCUUUGCCUCCACUUUUACGUUUGUUAAGAUCGAACACUGAGUGGACUCGGCGUGACUCGGCCUUGGCAUUGUAUCAUCUCUCACUCGUUCAAAGUAAUAGGACUAAGCUUGUUAAACUCGGGGCAGUACCCAUACUUUUGGGUAUGAUCAAGUCGGGUAAUAUGAGAAGUCGGGUUUUACUUAUAUUAUGCAACUUGGCUUCGUGUUUGGACGGGCGGGCCGCGAUGUUGGAUUCGGGUGGGGUGCAUUGUUUGGUGGGGAUGUUGAAGGGUAAUGAGUUGGAAUCUGAGUCAACACGGGAGAGUUGUGUAUCCGUGUUGUAUGCACUGAGUCAAAGCGGGUUGAGAUUUAAAGGGUUGGCGAAGGCUGCCGGAGUGAUCGAGGUGUUGGAAAAACUCGAGAAGUCGGGGAGGGAACAAAGCAGGGAAAAGGUAAGAAAUAUUUUGGAAAUACUGAAAGAGAAAGAAGAAAAGGAAGAAAACGAAGAGAUAAAUUGGGAGGAGUAUUUGCUAAACUCGGAACUAAAAUCGAGAUCUCAGUGCUAACUCGGUGUUAACUCAGUGGUUUUUGAAGGAUGAGUUAAGUGAAAACUCAUCCUGGUUAUGAGUUGGUAUUUUGGGUUUGAAUUAAUUAUUUUAAUUUGGCUACUUUUUGGUUGUGGAGUUUUAUUUUAAUUUUUUUGGUUUCUUUUGGCACUUACCUUUUGCUUUCCAUAAUUCCUACCAAAAGUGAUGGGCAAUAAAAAGUGUAAAUAAUGUCAAAAAGAUUGAUUCUCAAGAACAAUGUUCAACAAAACUUUGUUUGUGUUUUUGCUUUUGUAAUAAUGUCUUUCCUCUUUCA